AUGGACGGGAAGAAGAUAUUGGUUUUGUUGCUUUUUAUCUACAUAUCAUACACUUUUAUUGUGAAGUUUGGCAAAGAACAAUUCGACGAUUUGCUUUUAACUUUGAAGAAAUAUCCACAUGUCGAGUGUCCGAAAGGUUACAUGUUAUAUAAAAUUUACGCGGAAAACAUUACUCAUUACAUUCAAACACAACAGGAUUUUUCUGAAAAACGAACACAGGAUGUGAAAUUUAGACGAUGUGAACAGGAAUAUCUCAAAGAUAACAUUACUUGUGAUGGUAAUUCUGACGGAACGGCACAGUCAUCAUGCAUCGUGUCGUAUCCUGGUGACGCAGAUGUUUUACACGAGGCAUGCAUAAGCACCGAGAAUCGUUACAAAUCAGAUGCUCUGGAUUACAUACCAGAUAAAAACGAUUCUAGGCAAUCUGUUUUUAGCAGGCUGUUGGCUUACUUCACGGAAGUAGUAUACGGUUCCAUCCCCGAGAAAACUGAUGUAGGAGAGAGGGAGGCAGACAUAAAAGACUAUUCCCUGCUUCAGGGAAUAUUUCCGGGAACUCGCUGGUGUGGUUUUGGUAACAUCGCCGACGAUGUAUUCACCAACUUAGGAGAACAUCAACACACAGACUCGUGCUGUCGCUCACACGACCUCUGUGAACCAAAGAUCCGGGCUCUACAGAAAAGGUAUUAUUACAACAAUCAAGGGAUCAUCCCUAUCAGUCACUGUAGCUGUGACCGUGAUUUCUACAACUGCCUCAAGGGAGUUAACUCUCCGGUGUCCAACAAGAUCGGCAGAAUAUUCUUCAACAUAGCAAAGAUUAAAUGUUUCGAUUUUGCUGUCAGUGAUGUUUGCACAUUGGAGUUGAUGGGCGUAUGCCUUAUAUAUGGUCAGAAAUGUGCUGCAGCGCUGAAACAAAGUCCAGUCUACUGA